AUGCCCCAAUCUCCGUGGAGUGUCAGAGAAAGGGCACCUUUGGGGGAUAUUUCUGCCCUCCGUAUGACGGCAAAGGCGAAAAUUGGAGAGGUUGUCAUUCAGACCAACUGCGUGGAUGUGCAGCGCGCCAUAGUUGUGCGCUUUUCUGGUCUAGCACGAGUCAAAGCUGAGCCGGCCUGGGAAGAGGAAAAGAGAAUAUCAGAGCAUGCAACCGGCUUAGAGGAAGAAGGCCCUUUAUAUACCUGA